AAACUGUGUUUAGUUUCCCGAAUCUAUAAAAGCUUCCCGCAACUUGGCAGGCUGCAUUCACUAGUGCAGAGUCCACGUUCAGCAACGAUCAUGGGAAGAAGUUAUUCCCCUUGGAGACAUUGAGUGCGAUUCAAGUGAAAAACCAAACGGUGGGACACAUUUUCCGACGAUAGGUGAAAAGUGAACAGUGAUUUUAUCCCGAGGCAGAGCUAUCACGGCUGCUCUGUGGGGAAAGUGCCAUCAUGGCAGCAGAAGAAAGCAAUCCCAUGCAGCCACUGUGCGACGGAGGAUCUCCGAAGGUGCUACAUGCGAAGAAAAACGUUGAAGAUUCACAGAACGUCAGCCUUCCCGAAGCGAUAACGGUCAGCUUGUAUACAGAGAAUGCGUUGAACUCGACUGAAUCAGGUGGAACUACUCGCGAGAAAUGGACCAGGAAUAUCGAGUUCCUGCUUUCGUGCGUGGCACUGUCCGUUGGAUUCGGGAACGUUUGGAGGUUUCCCUACACGGCACUGAACAAUGGAGGCGGUGCGUUCGUUAUCCCGUAUUUGGUGGUACUGCUGGUCGUUGGACGACCGCUGUACUACCUGGAGAUGGUUGUUGGGCAGUUUUCGAGCAGAGGAUGCGUUAAGGUGUUCGACUUGUGCCCGUUGAUGCGUGGUGUCGGAGUUGGACAGACUAUAACGAUGUUCACGAUCGUCGGAUAUUAUGCAGCGCUGCUGUCGCUGGCUAUGCGAUACUUCGUAGACUCGUUCCAGUACACUCUUCCGUGGUCCGAGUGUCGUUCGGAUUGGGAUUGCGUAGACUCAUCUAAGGCUUCGAUUCACAUUUCCAACAGUACGACUACGAAGCCAUCUGCAGAGUUCUACUUCACAAAGACUGUUACGGAACAAUUCUCAGAUCUUGAAAACGGGAUCGGCAUUCCAAAUUACCAGCUAGUUCUCUGCUUGCUGGUCAGCUGGGUAUUGAUAACAGUGCUCGUAAUCAAAGGAAUCAAGAGCUCCGGCAAAGCAUCCUACUUCCUUGCCAUCUUUCCGUACGUUAUCCUUUUUGGCUUACUGGUCCGUGCCGUCACUUUGGACGGAGCAUUUGAUGGCAUCCGGUACUUGAUCACACCUCAGUGGGACAAACUUCUGGACACUGAAGUUUGGUACGAGGCCGUAUCUCAAUGCUUUUUCUCCCUUACCGUUGGUUUGGGAGCCGUGAUAGUGUACUCUUCGUUCAACAGUUUCUCCAAUAACAUCUACCGCGACGCCAUGAUCAUCUCCUGGCUGGACACUUUCACCUCGAUGCUCUCGGGAGUGAUCGUAUUUGGAGUGGUCGGUAACGUAGCCUACAUAACCAAGAAGAACGUAACGGAUGUCAUGAAAGGAGGUCCAGAGUUGACGUUUGUGGUGUAUCCGGACGCUAUUGCCAAGAUGCCCACGUGGCCCAAUUUCUUCGCGGUGAUGUUCUUCCUGAUGUUCAUCCUGCUUGGUUUGGGCAGUAAUAUGGGAAUUGUGACGACGAUCUUGACCUCGAUCAAGGAUCGCUAUCCGGGAGUGAAAAUCUGGAAGGUGGUUAUCGCGAUCGCGGUGGCAGGGUUCUGCUGCGGACUGGUGUACAUCUCACCCGGCGGGUUCUACGUACUAGACGUGGUAGACUACUAUGGCGUUACGUUCCCCACUUUGGUACUGGUAGUUCUGGAAGCGUUCACCUUCUGUUGGCUGUAUGGCGUAAAUCGUAUCUGUAUGGAUAUCAAAUUCAUGCUCGGCAUCAAAACUGGAAUUUUCUGGAGAAUAUGUUGGGGUUUCCUGACACUGUCCAUCCUUAUUACCAUCACUUGUAUGCAAGUAUUCAAAUACAAAGCAAAAAAGGUGCCCCAUGGCUAUAACGUUUUCGGUUGGUGUCUCUUCGGCGUGACCGUACUUCAAGUUGUUGGUUGGGCCAUCUAUGCCACUGCCCGGCAACCACAGAGCAGUUUUGGAAGUAAACUAUGUAAUGCCCUCAAGCCAACUGAUGAUUGGGGUCCAGAAUCUGAGCAGGUUAAACGGAACUACAAUGUAACGGUGGCAAAGCGCAAAACAAAACGUUCCAGAAUAAAAACACUGCGAGCGAGAGUAUUUAAAAAUGUUUCGAAAUGAUUACAUGUACACAUUAUCGUAGUAUAUCUUAGAUCUAAAGUAGGUUAUAAAGUUGUACAAACCAAAAUACAGAAUACCAUAGCCACUGGAUAGAGAAAUAGUGGGUGCACUGCCUAAACUUGAUGAACCUUAGAAGCAUUA